CGAGAAAACCUAUUAGUAAUAUUAGUAAUAGCCAUGACGACGUGCCUACGAACCUUGUUACGCAUUCCUUGGUUGCGUCCGGCGACCAUUCAAAUCCCAGCGCGUUUCAAAUACACACAAAACCAAGGAGUUAAGGGAAUCCGAAAUCGCAAGAGUUAUUAUGAAGCCCAAAUGCAAGCUGGACAGCAAACGGAUGGCGAACAGGAGUUGAGCACGGCGAGCGGAGCAGAUAGCCUUGAUAUGCGUUUUCUGGACGAUCGCGCCUACGACGAAGUUGCUGGUGGAGCCAUGCGAAUUAGUCGAGAUGUGGCCACAGCUCAACAGGUGCUCAUCCUGCAGCCGUAUGUCAAGUGGGCAGCCAAGCGCAACAUGCCGGAAGAUGUGCAACCGAACGAUCAACUUGCGGAAGCAACAGCGUUAAUACACUCGCUGCCCAACUGGAAGGUGGCCAGAGGAUUGAAAGUGCCACUGGAAAGCUUGGAACGCAAGACGCUCUUUGGCAGCGGCAAAAUGUCUGAGCUUAAGGAACUAAUUACUAAUUUGCGGCAAGAGCAGCAACUAACCUGUUUAUUUGUGAGCAAGGGCACACUUUCAUUUGCCCAGAAACACUAUUUGGAGUCCGAGUUUCGAUUGCCUGUCCUCGAUCGUUAUUCGGUUGUCAUCCAAAUUCUGCGUCUGCAUGCGACAAGCGCAGAGGCGCGACUCCAAGUGGCCAUGGCGGAGCUGCCUUACAUUUGGGCGCAGGCCAAGGAUGCGAGCAUGACACAAACACGACGUCAGGGCUACUCGCUGAGUGAUCUUCAAAAGGAGAUACUACGCACAAGGGAGCGGAAGUUGAGGACUGAAUUGGAGCGUGUUCGUCGCCAGCGGCAGCUGUUGCGUCAAAAGCGUAAGCAGCAAAAUUAUCCCAUUGCCGCUGUGGUGGGCUACACCAAUGCCGGCAAGACAUCCUUGAUAAAGGCGCUCACUGUGGAGGAUUCGCUGCAGCCGCGCAAUCAACUGUUUGCCACACUUGAUGUUACAGCUCAUGCCGGUAUCCUGCCUUGCAAUUUGCAGCUCAUUUAUAUGGACACUGUGGGUUUUAUGUCUGAUUUGCCCACGGGUUUAUUUGAAUGCUUUGUUGCCACACUGGAGGAUGCCAUGCUGGCGGAUAUAAUUAUACAUGUGCAGGACUUAUCGCAUCCAUGUCAUGACGCUCAGCGCGCUCAUGUUGAGUCUACGCUGCGUUCCUUGGCUUUUAGUGUUGCCGGCGGCGAUUCAACUGCUAGCCACAUGCCUCCCAUCAUCAACGUCUACAACAAAUGCGAUUUGCUGCCACCCAAUGCUCAACCAUCUGCUGCACAGCAAGAAUCUAAUGCGACAGCUCAUCGCAUUUCGGCACGGGCUCUGACUGGGUUGGAUCCCUUGCUGGAGGACAUUGAGCGACAAGUUUUGGCAGUAACCGGUCGCCGUAAGCUGCAGAUGCGUGUCCCGAAUGGUGGACCCGAGAUGGCAUGGAUUUAUAAGAACGCCGCCGUUGUUUAUACCGAAGCAGAUGAACAGAAUCCUGAGCGACUUCUCAUGCUGGUUGUCAUCACUCAACGCACCUUGGAACAGUUCAAGCGACAGUUUUGUUAAUCCAUUUACCAGUUCAUUUACUUUGCAAAACUUUCAAUGUAAUUUAUUAUUUCAAUAAUCUUGUUUGUUAAUCUUUCACAAGGGCGCAACUGGCACUAGUUAAAUAUACUUUUUAUUAUUAUGUA